GACCCAAAUGCAAUCAACACAUUUUACCUAUUUUAAAUAUGGAUUGUCCAUUCUAUUUCUAAUUGUGAUACUUUUAACCUAUCAAUUCCAGUUUAACACGGAGGAAAUUAAAUCCCCCAGCCCGAAAAAGACGUCCGCAGACUUUUUCAUUGACGAUCAACAGCAGCAUUUUCAAUCCGCCAAUUCAUCAUCAGUGUUACUUAAUGGCACAAUGGCAAGUAAUGAAACUCUACCCAGCUGCGAUUGUCCCAGUUCACUUUAUUCAACAAAUAAUAUUACACUGGUACCAUUUGGUGAAAAUACCCCUUUAGUUGUGCCGGAAUUUCUCAGUCCUAUUCAGCCUGAUAUUCUCGAAAAGAUGAUGGUCAAUAGCAAAGAUCAAGGUUUAAUUGUUACAGUAGCAGGCUAUGCUAUGCGAGUGGAACUUUAUAACUGGAUUGACCUGUUAAAAGCGGCCGACGAAGAAUCGUUCCUGGUUUUUUGCACAGACACCAAGCUCUAUAUGCAUUUAGUAGUUACCGGGUAUGAGGAUCAGGCCGUGCUCAUACCUGAUGAUUGGUUCUUGGACAAUUUGGAGUUAUUCAGAAACACAGAGAAUAAUAUGCUGGAUAAUGAGAUCGCCCGAUUGACACACGUGAAGACCUGGGUGCUUCAACGUUUAGCCUAUGUAACGGAUAUUCAAAAUGUACUCAUGCUGGAUGUGAAUCAGAUCAUGCUCCAUGCCAGAACUAUGGAAUACAUGCAAACAUUGCUACACAUCCGACACGAUACACAGCUUAUUACUACUCAAGACAGCUCCGAUCAACAUGUCAUGAAUUCUGGGUUGGUCAUGAUGCGCACCAACGCCAAUCUGGCAAAACGAGUACUUGCAAGCACUGUCCGUAUCCAGGAGCAAAACUAUAACCAGACUCAGCAGCAAGCAUUUAACAGUGCCCUGUCACAAUUAGAGUUGCAUGUAAAGACAGGAAUGACUGUGCUGCUAGAUAUCAUUCAUUUUCCAAACGGUAUCAAUUAUUUUGAUAAUGACCUUUCAGGCUCAAGGGGUAUUGAACCUUAUAUUAUUCAUGCAAACCAUAAGUUUGGAGAGGAAAGAAUUUCAUUAUUACAAGAACGUGGUUUUUGGGUAGUGAACAGCGAUUAUAUUGCUUCAGUCAGCAAUCAAGUUGAAGAUAUCUUCAAGAAGAGAGAAGAAAACAAUCCGUUAGAGGAACGUGAUCUAUCAGACGAAACCCCUAUUUCUUUGUAAUCAAAUUAUGAAGUACCUGUAAUACCUUGUAACACCUUAAUAAAAAAAAUCUACACUCAAAUCUUCCAAAAAAGGAACGAGCAGAAAUAUUCCUUUUAGGUUUUAGUGCGACUCACAACAAUUACACAAAUAAGCAAAUAAACACUGCUCCGAAAAUUUUAAAAAAAAAGCCAUCUCUAAGAUGAA